UGCUGAUACUGCUGCAACUUUAUAUGACGUCUAUAGGUAGCCUACACACCCUGGGUCAGGAUACACUUUUCCCCCACGAAAAAUAGUUUUACAGCUAUAGUUAUUGGUCCUAUACUUCAACAUUAGUGUCAACUGUCAAGGGAUGACACAUUUUGAAACCCUGGAUGCCGUUCUUUCUAUUUCAAGAUUACGCUGAGCACAAAAUCUCUGAGCAAAUUCUCCAACUUGGAAUGUCAUCAACGUUGCUCUGCGGAGUGCCGAUAAGAAGCCAUUGAAAAUAGAUGAGAAGAACCUGCUACAAUGAAUACAAUGGAAACGGUGGAAUGUAUCAGGAUAGAUCCAGAUACUCUGACAAUGCUAGAGGAUGAUGUGGACAUCACUGAGGGAGUCUCCCAAAUCAAUGAUGAGGUUGAGGAUCUCCGCAACAGUUUGCGGUUGGCGGUUCAGGAUGAGGCGGUGCGUCCCAAGAUGCAGUGCUUAAUGAUGGACCCCUCCUUCUCCAUGGUUACCGUGCAGGGCGAGGACAGCGGCAUCCAAUGGGAGACCAGCUCCAGCCGCUGCUCCACCCCUUGGGGUUCCGAAGCUGAACCCACCCCUACCGUCGCCUCGGAAUUCUGCUUUCCCAUUAAUGAAAGGUCUGUUUCACCUGGAUUAGGAUCUGGAAUGGCAGGUAAAAUAACCUUUGUCAUGGAUGAGGCAAUGAUGGUGAGGAGGCCAAGGAUGAAAACAAGUUGUGGAGGAGGACGCAGGAGCCGGGCUGACAGACGGGGACGGACUCCUCUGCCCACAGGUGAUGACUUAGGUGAGUUGGUUGAGAAGCCAGAGCUAGUGGAGGUCUCCCUGCCCAAUGUGAGGGCAGAGGGAGAUGGGGAGGAGGAGGAAACGACAGAUCCCAAAGAGGAGAAGAAGCAGAGUUUGUUCCGCCUGGUGUCAGAAGGCUCAGAGAUCCUGAACAUCGUGGUUCCUCCCAGGCUGGUGAGCAUAGACGAGGAGGAGAGCCAAGUCAUGGUGGACAACCUGUCUUACCUGGAGGAAUCCACCUUCACCAAACCCAGUAACGAAAUCAUAGAAGAGGUGUUUGAGGAGGACAACGCACCAUCAGUGGGAGGUGGAGAUCAAACGGUGGAACACACUGACUCCUCCCAUCUCACCAGGCCUGAUCAGACUGACCCUCCUGGGGCUCCGGUGGCAAAGCAGCCCAGACGAGGAGCCACCAGCGACAUGGACUACUUUGAGACAUUUACUCAGAUGGAUGAGCCUGCUCCAGGAGGCCCCACCAUGAUUGAAGAAGGACAGGAGGAGGAGGAAGCAGACUGUGGAGAGGAAAACCAGCAAGUGAGUGAGGAGCCGGAACAGCUCCAAGAUGCCGCACCUGUGACCGAAGACUUGGGAGGUUCCAACACAGGCGUUAGCGGAGAAGAAAUCUCCAGUGACCAUCUAGAUGAGGUGUUCUACGGCGGUAUGGACAAUAUGCCUUCUAAGAACUAUCUGGAAGUAGAGGAGAGCGCAGUAGACAAGUCACCCAAGUCCCCCCUGAAGGAGAGUGGAUCGGCCCUCUUCGGCAGCGAGGAAACCGUCCUCACCCCCAUCUUCCUCCCCUCGGGACCCCCCAAAAUCAUCAACCCCACUCUGCUAGAAGAGCCUACGGCCAUGGCCUUCCUUUACACAGACCUGUAUGAAGAGGCGGUGGGCAGCAGGGAAGGAGUGAAGGAGGAAGACACUGAGAGUAUGACCUCCGAAAGGUCCUUCCACAGCAGACACUCAGACCGGGAGGCCAGGGGGUACCUGGAGAAGUUUGUCCUGAAGGACGAGACUCCCAUGGUGGAGCUGGAAGGGGAACCGGCAGUAGAGGAAGGCUUCAGAACUUGGGCACAGGAAUUGUACACGCUGGACAGCUUUCUCUCACACCCUGAUGAUGGAGAGACAGAAGGGGAGAUCCAGGAGUUUGAGCAUGACAUGACAGAUUUUUUCCGUACGAACGCCAGUUCCUCUCCAUCUGAUGAUCGGUACAUCCCAUCACUGGAUAAAGAAAAGAACCAUGCAGAACCUGUGAAGGAGAACAAACAUGUUAAGGCAGACAAUGUUUUAAAGACAGUGCAGGAAGCACCUCAGCUUCAAGUGGUUAAAGAAGUGAAAACCACAGAGGAGGAGAACAAGACUCAGGGCGUUGUCACAGAUUUAAAUGAUCCACCACUUUCUGACCCAGAGUCUUUCUCUGAGAGGGCUGGUGGGGGGAGUGUCACUGAGCCCCCCACAGACAUAGAUCUCUCAUACAAACAUGAUGCUCCCACAGUGGAACUACAAACACUCCCACCUCUGAGUGACAGUGGAACAAAUCAGGAAGCUCCAAAGCCAGUAGCCCCCCCUAGAAGGAAGCCAGCUGCACCUCACAAGAGCUCUCUGAAACUAGCGCCACUGGCUCGAGCCCAGACCCCAGUUGAGAUCCUAGAUGGAGGAGGGGAUAGAGGGAAGGAAGAGAGGGAGGAGGAGAAAGAGAAGGCUUCACCAGCUGAGACUGCUGAUGAAGGAGAGGGGGAUGGAGAGACAGGACAGAGGGAGGAGGAGAAAGAUAUGACAACACCAGUUGACGGCUCAUCCUCAUUUUACCAAUCCCAGAUUACGCUGCUCUCAAGUAUAGCUACUGAACAAGUAAAAGCAGAGGAUAAAAAGACUGAAUUGGCUGAAGGACACAGAACCACAGAACCACCUCAGGCUGAGGAGAGUGACAGCCCCAAGCCAGAGGCUGACCCGUUAUUGACAGGACAGGACAGUAAAACAGAACCAGCUAAAGGAGAGGCUGAACCAGCUGAGUCAGCCAAGCUAGAAGUUGAACCUACAACAGGACCUAGCCAGACCACUCCUUCCGUUCCUGCCCCAGUGAAUGACCCAGCCAAAGUUGGCGGCGGAUGCAUCAUCCUUUAGCCUUAUUAGGGGGAAAAUGCUAUGUCCUUUUUAGUCUUAUUGGCUUUAUACUGCAGCAAUUUGAAAUUGAGAGGUCAAAUGAUGAAGUAAAAAUUACAGAACUUUUUUUCUCAACCUGGUCUCAGAGCAUUUCGUAUUAUUCUGUACGUAAAUCCGAAACACUCCAUUUAGUAUGAUAU